AUGAGCUCAAGGGCAAGCGACACAGCGAUUGAUGAGAAAUCGAUUGAGGCUACCACCGUUGUCAAUGAGCCAACGAAAAAUGUCGAGUGGAAAGAACCACCAGAUGGUGGUUGGAAGGCUUGGUUGGUUGUCUUUGGAUCGUUUUGUGGGCUCGCUGGAACGGCGGGCUUGAGCUUAGUGUACGUUCCUGAUCCAAGCAAGUAA